AUGAAACAACAAAAAGAAACAAUUGAGGCUUGUUCGGUAUUAGCUCUUGGUCGCCCGAGCUCAAUGCCACAAAAUUAUUCUUCGUCAGAAGAUAUUCAAAGGAAAUACUUACCUUAUUACAACCCUGACUUGAGUUGUUCGCCCGCUUCAAUGAUAGAACCGUUCUCUCUAUCUACGGCGGGUAAUUACUGCUAUUAUCCUCCACUAUUUUCUUUAGGGCCACCGACCUCUCAUACUUUGUCUCCGGAAUCUUCAUCUCCUGAAACUUGCUCUGAUCUAGACCUUGAUCUCACUGAUAGUUUCUCGGCGGACUCACCUCCUUCUUAUUUUACAGAUCCUUCAUUUCCAAUUAAAAUGGAGAAUCUACAUCAAAGUUCAUUAAAUAAUGAUCAUGAUUAUAAUGUUGCAAUGGCCAUGGCUAAAGAAAUGCCAAUUGGUCAUUUUUCUCCAUAUUCUACACAAGAAUCACCUUUUGUCGGUGUUCUUCAAACUUCACAAGAAAAGAUUUCCAAUAUUUCCAAUUCGACCACGGAUUCGUUAUUCGAAAUGGAUGCGAAAUCUUUAUUCCAACGUGAAUUAUGUCUGGAUGCUCGAGACUAUUUUAGUGCCGACAUGGCCUCGGAAGCUGCACGCCGCAAAUCACUUGAUGACGCUAUCUUUCUCCGCAAGAUCGCCUCAACUCCAGUGAAAUCUGAAGUAGCUUUCCAACAGCACAAUCGCCGCAAAUCUUUACCUGGUAAUGAGUUGACUCAACGUCUUCAUAUUGAAACUUUGGGUACCACUACCAAACAGCAAAGAAAAUCUACAAAAUCGCUUGCCCCAUUCGCCUGUCCUCAUGAACAUUGCCCUAAGACCUUUACUCGGCAAUACAACUUGAAGUCACAUCUUCGAACCCACACUGAUGAACGACCUUUCGUGUGCAAUUAUCCUGGCUGCCCUCGAGCCUUUGCACGACAACAUGAUCUUAAGCGUCAUCAGAAACUACAUCUGGGAUUAAAGCCCCAUGUUUGUGGUAAUUGUGGUCGCGCUUUUGCGCGCUUGGAUGCACUGAAUCGUCAUUUAAGAAGUGAUAAUGCGACUCAAUGUGCUCAAGCAACACUGGCAAAUCCAACAGCUGGCAAGUUAUUUAAAUCAGUUAAUAUAUAG